GAUGUUAUUUUAAAGUUAGAAUAAAUUUACUCUUUAAACCUGUUAUCGCAUUUAUAUCGUUAUUUUUGGUUGUAAGAACUUAAGUUUAAGACAAAGUGUCACCUGUAGGUUCUUAGCAUUUGAAUCCGAGAGGACAGUCAGACCGUCGCUGAUGAUUUCGCAUUGCAAAUUCAACUGUGACUUGUAAAGUUACCGGGGAUAAGAGCAGGUUUGCAUAUGGGCGCCGCUCAUACACACUCGGAUACACCCAAUGUGUUCCCUUACCAGGGAAUGAGUGCUAUAUCUACCAACUGCGCAUUAAAUUAGCACAUUCCUUCUGCACUUGAAGUCGAUGUGCGCCUCUGGGUCUGGGCACAACAACACUCACUAAAGUGCUUGACUUCACUCCUGUCAGAGGAAGACACGAUGGGAUGCGCUUCUAGCACUCAGACUACAGCUCAAGACACAACACGAACCAACACCAAACAGGAUGGGAGCACAUCAGGAACAAGUAAUGAAAAUGGUGGUCCUGCAGCAGAAAGUGAGACGAUUCCAGACCAAACCCAGGCUGAGGAAUCUCCACAGACAUGCAGUGCAACUCCUGAUUCCUCGGAGGAAAUCCAGAGCUCUGCGGCUGCUGUAGCUCACAGUGAACCAGAAGCAGCUGCUGCUGAGGCCGUUACAUCUGACCAGCCUGCUGAACCUGAAUCCAGCCCCUCCACGACAGCUGAGAAUACAGACGAACCAGCACCGAGUGAAAACACAACUGAGGCCCAGGCUGAAUCUUCCCCACCAGUGGAAGCACCUGCCUCUGGUGGAGAGGGUUAAGUGUGCAUCAUUUGGCACAGUUACUACAGAAUCCAGACUCAACCACCUAUUUUCAAUAAAAUUAAGAUUUCAUAUGCAUAGUUUAAACAUACAGUGGAACAUUAGCUUAUUUAUUAUAUAGAUAUUGCUUGUUCGUUGCCAAGACAUAGACCAACUGGUCAUCAGAAACUCUGUGCCUGUCUUUAUAUACAAAGAUUACAAACAUCCCACUCCAGUUAUAGUUUAGUGAAUUAUAAUAGCUGACUUUAGCUAGAGAGUUCCUUCAAUAUUUAAUAUUGGUGCCUAUUUUAGUGGCUUAACCCCUCUAUAAAAAAAUGCAAAAAGCCAAAGAGACUUUGAAAAAUUGUGGAAGGCUAUUUAUAUUAUUAUGUAAUAUUUGAUCAAACUGAAAUAAAAUGUUACAUGCAUUGAAAA